ACAACAAAGUUCACAAAUGCCUUGGAUAUACCUGUGGAGUUUGUAGAAAAGAAUGUAAAGUUGAGGGGGAGGCAGCCCGAGGGACUCCUGCUGGUGCGGCUGGCUGGAGUGGAGCUGGCCCCAAAUGGCAUGGCCUGGCUGCAGAAAGAGCUUAGCCCUAGGCAGCACCUCUGGUUCCAGCUCCUGGGGAGGGAGGGUUCAGCCCUGGAGUGCCUGGUGUUAGUAAACAAGGGAGGAUUUCUCAGCAUGUGCUUAAACGAAGAGCUGCUGAGCCAAGGGCUUGGCAGAGCUGCACGGAUUGAGGGGCUGCCCCACCAUUCCCACCUGUACUGGAAGCUUCACAAGAGGCUCCUUCGGGCUGAGCUAAAGGCCUUGAAGAAGAAUAAAGGCAUAUGGAAAGAAGAAACCUACUCUGAAAGACUCCGAAGUCAUAUAAGCAGCAUGAAGUUGGUGCAGAGGCUGAAACAAUUG